GGACUGUCCUCUAAAUGAUCUCUACUCCCGGCUCUCUCUCCGCAGGUCCCUUUAAGGACUGCCUGGCGGCACUGGACGAGGGCCACACCAACACGGGCAUGUUCCUGGUCAAGCCGGAGGGCUCCAACCGGCUGAUGCAGGUGUGGUGCGACCAGCGUCAGGACCCCGGGGGCUGGACCGUCAUCCAGAGGCUGGACGGCUCCGUCAACUUCUUCAGGAACUGGGAGACGUACAAGCAAGGCUUUGGCAACAUUGACGGUGAGUACUGGCUGGGCCUGGAAAACAUCCACUGGCUGACGAGCCAGGGCAACUACAAGCUGUUGGUGACCCUGGAGGACUGGGCAGGCAGGAAGACCUUCGCCGAGUACGCCAGCUUCCGCCUGGAGCCCGAGGCCGACUUCUACCGCCUCCGCGUGGGACGCUACCACGGCAACGCCGGCGACUCACUCACCUGGCACAACGGCAAGCAGUUCACCACGCUCGACCGUGAUCACGACGUCUACACAGGUAACUGCGCCCACUACCAGAAGGGUGGCUGGUGGUAUAACUCCUGUGCCCACUCCAACCUGAACGGCGUGUGGUACCGCGGCGGCCACUACCGCAGCCGGUACCAGGAUGGGGUCUACUGGGCGGAGUUCCGUGGCGGGGCCUACUCCCUGAAGAAGGUGGUGAUGAUGAUCCGGCCAAACCCCAACACCUUCCACUAGGGCUACGGUGGCCCUACUGGGACACACUGCAGGGGCCCGACUGCCUUUAAUGGACACAUUUCCCACUCCUUCCCUUGCUCCCGCGGGCGGAACUCUGACAUCCAAAGAGAAGCUAACUCACAUCUAACCCUUUUAAUCUCAUCUGGACGUUUCUGUGGACAUUCUCCUGCUACUCCGGACAGCUUGGGUGAGAAGCAGAGAGACUGACGGCAGUGGACACACACACACACACGCGCGCGCCCACACACACACACACACACACACACACACACACACACACACAUACACACGCGCACACACAAACAGCCAGAGAAAGACUGGUGCACGGCCCUGUUGCUACUGUUCUGAGCUCUGCCUCGCGUCCCUCUCUCCGGAGACAGACUUCUCUAGGAUCCGAACGCCACGUCUCAAUCUGAAUGUACCGCUCAAAGCAGGAACUUCCUCCAAGCGCUUCUCUUUUCUUCCACCAUAAUCAGCACAUGGAUAUCAUAUGUUACACUUACUAGCUAUCGCAUUUAUUGUUAUGACAAUACCCAAGACACAGGGGACUGGUCGUUUAGAACAGGAGCGGCGGCUCAGUGGUGGAGGGAGAAGCACAGCAUAAUAUUAAGGUUUUGCACCUCCGUUCUAAUGUUACGUCACCAUUUGUUUACAACUAGAGUGGUAGGCAAGAAUGGUAGGCAAGCCUACAACAGUCGGGUUGCAUAGGCUACACAUAGUUACAAAUAGUUUUAAAA